AUGGCAAACGCGGCAGACGAGUUUGACGAUAUCGACGACUUUGACGAGUUCGAUGACUCGGCGCUCUUGCAGCUCGAUCAGAUCGAGAACACGCUAGUCAAAGAUGCUCCCGCUCCGAGCACGUCCGCGUUUCACCAGCCAUCCCGCAUCCAGACAUUGUCUUCCAUCAGCAAAGCCGGUGCUUCGAGAGCUGGUCCGCAGCUUCCGCAUUCGACGUCGAACGGCUCUUCAGCAUGGGCCAACAAGGCAGGCCCGUCGGCGGUAGCUUCCACAUCCGCAAAGCCGAUACAGAGGGUGUCUUCGAUCGGCUCGAAUGGAUCGAUCCAGCCCGCAUCCUCGGGAGUUGCUCGGCAAAUGACGCUCUUUGGCAAGCCCGCGACGCCCAGCCAGGUGGUCUCCUCCAGUCCCGGCCACAUCACCAUCUCCUCGCAGUCCGCACUUCACAACGAGUCGCCGAACAACAACGCUGCCUCGUCCAGCUGUCGCCCCCUCUGGCUGAACAAAGUCGGGAAAAAGACGUGGGAUAGGGAGGCCUACCUUCACCGCGAGAACGCAAAGAACCGCGAGAAGGACGAAUUUGGUACGCCGAUCGACGUAGACGAGCUCAGCUUUGACGAGGACGCCGUGGACACGGGCGACGCAAAAGGCAAGGCGAAACGUGACUGGGAUGCCGGCAGCAAGUACGAAAACGUGGUCCCACCCGCACCCGCAGAUCCCCGCCGCAACCUCCCUCCUCCGCAGCCGCAGAAGUGCCAAAUCGACCUCGAGGCUGCCAAAACCUGGAUCUACCCUACCAACAUGGAAAGGCGAGACUACCAGUACAACAUCGUCCAAAAGGCGCUCUUCAACAAUGUCCUCGCUGCACUCCCCACUGGUCUCGGCAAGACCUUCAUCGCCGCGGUCGUCAUUCUCAACUUCUUUCGGUGGUUUCCUGAGGGCAAGAUCCUCUUCCUCGCCCCCUCUCGUCCCCUUGUCGACCAGCAGAAGAUCGCAUGUCACAAGAUCUGCGGCCUGCCCUGGGACUGUGCCAUCGACUUGACCGGCAAUACGGCAAGCACUCGCCGAGUCGGCCUUUGGCAGAGCAAGCGCAUCUUCUAUAUGACUCCGCAAACACUCGAGAACGAUAUCCGCAAGGGAAGCUGCGAUCCGCGCGACGUCGUUUGCGUCGUCGUCGACGAGGCGCACAAGGCUCGCGGUCGCUAUGCGUACGGCAACAUCAUGGGCAUGCUCAUGGAGGUCAACCCGCACUUUCGCGUGCUCGCUUUAUCCGCCACGCCCGGCAAGGACUCGGACAGUGUCCAGCAGGUCGUCGAUCAACUUCACAUCAACCACAUCGAGAUCCGCACCGAAGAAGCGAUCGACGUGCAACGCUACAUGCACCGCAAGCACGAAGAGAUCGUCAACGUGACGCUCGGCAAAGACCUCAACUUGGUCAAGGAGAACUGGGCCAAGCUCAUGCAGACGCAGAUGGAUCCGCUUAUGAAAGCCGGUCUUCUCCGCAAUCAAGAUCCCGUCUUUCUGCAUCCCUUCGCCGUCAACGCCAUCGCCAAAGACCGCAGUCGCGCAGGCAUCCUGGCCGGCAAGCCCUGGCUGCGAUCCAACCUUUCCGAGCUCGCCCACAUGGCAUUGUCCAUGCAGUAUCUUAUGGAGCAAUCCAUCAUGAUGUUCUACAAUCGUCUCAAGGAGCGCUCCAUGGGCUUCAACCCGAGUGGCAAAAAGACGGCCUCCGCCAAGCAGCAGAUGUACGCCAACAAGAACACGACCUUCGCCGAGAUCAUCCGCGAGCUCGAGCUGAUGCAGGAUCCUAAAGGCCGCAUCCUUCAUCCGAAGAUGCUCAAGCUGCGCAAUGUGCUGAGCGACCACUUUGACAGGUUCGCGGCCGAGCAGGUGCACAACGUGGAAGCUUUUGCCGAGAGCGGACACGAUGUGCUUGGCAACACGCCUACUUCAGGUCAGCUGGCCAGCUUUGGUGAUUCAUCUCAGGCGGAGACGCGAGCGAUGGUCUUCUGCUCGUACCGCGAGUGUUGUGACGAGAUCGUUGGCUUUCUCAACGAUUCUGGCUUCAAGGCGACCGAAUUUGUCGGCCAGAGCAAGUCCAAGACCGGCAAGAAGGGCAUGUCGCAAAAGGAUCAGGAGCGCGUCAUUGCCGAGUUCAAGGCGGGCAAGUACAACGUGCUGGUCGCCACCUCGAUUGGCGAGGAGGGUCUCGAUAUUGGAUCGGUGGAUCUCACCGUCUGCUACGAAGCGGUCAAGGACUCGAUCCGCAUGCUGCAGCGCAUCGGUCGAACGGGUCGAAAGCGCGAGGGCAAGAUCGCCGUGCUCGUGUCCGAGGGGCGGGAGCAACACAACUGGCAGCACUCGAAGGACAACUACAAAGCGGUGCAAAAGGAGGUCGAUUCAAAAGCGCACGUCGAACUCUUCGAAGAUGUCGACCGCAUGGUGCCUAACAACAUCAGUCCCCAGGUCGUCUUGAAGGAGGUGGAGCAGCCCGAGUUCGAUCCGUCGAUGGUGUCCGAGGGCACCAAAGCGACCAAGCCGGUGCGGGCCAAGAAAGAGCCGAAGCCAAAAAAGGAUCCCAAGCGCAACAUGCCCGAAGGCGGCGACAUCAUGGCGGGCUUCCGCAAGGCAUCGACGUUGACCAAGCGCAAGCGUACGGCCAGCAGCGACAGCGACGCGGCUCCCGAGGUACCCGAAACGCACAGCCAAAAGAUGCAGCGCCUUCUCAAGGUAUCCAGUGCCGAUCUGAAAUCUCAGUUCGACGACGAUCUGGACGAGCUGGACCUGCGACCUCCGCAGCGGAAGACUCGUGGAAAGCGAGCCAUUGCUUCACGCUCGAGUUCACCGCCGUCCUCACCUCCGCAGCUCUUCGGAAGAUCGAAUGGAAGCCUGUCCUUCCCCACGCCGCUCGCGCUAUCGGACGGUAUCGAGACACCGCCGCUCCCGAGCUCAUCGUCGUCCUCGCGACCACUGGCAGCAAUUGGUGCGACCACGCGAGGCAAAACGCUCGGCACGGGACUCAGGAGCUCCGGUCGCAGCGCACAGAGCUCAGGCACGCUGGCACUGCGGAAGAGUGGCGAUGCUGGUGAAGCGACCACCAACGGGAAGAACGGCAGCCAGCCGAAACCGUCGCUCGAAGCCAAAUCUCCACGUAACAGAGGCAUCGCCAUCCCGAUCGACGACGACGAUGACGACGAGUUUGGCGUCGACUUCACGGUGGACUUGUCGAUCGAGAACGAGAUUCAACGGGUCGAGAAGGAAGCUGCAGCCUUGCUCUCUUGGGAGGCCGGCAAGGAGAAGAUUCCGACUUCGUCCUGGAAGCGAGCCGGCACCAGCAAGCGUGACAGCAAAGCCAUGGAAGAGGAUUCGUCGUCGUCCUCGGUGCCAACCAAAGCAGCGCCCCUGAGGUUCGAGCCACACCCGAUCAUGGCUGCCUUGAUGGCUCAAGACGAAAAAGCCAAGCAGAAGGAAGCCACCCUUUCCGCCCAAUCCGUCCUAGAUUCGCCUGCGAAGAGCUCGAUGGGACCUCCGGACUCGGUCCCUCGCCGCGCAGGCACCAGUCGCACCAAACGCGUCCUCAUCGAGUCACCCGACGCUUCCUCGUCUGCGCAACCAAUGGAGGUGGAUGCGGAGCAAGACGCAGCCUCAUCGUCGCCCAUCAAAGCGCCUGCCAAACGAGGACGGCGUCUGCAGAAAGCCUCGUCCUCCACCACGCGCGUCGAGGCCGACACGAGUCCUACUGCCGCCAAAACACGCGGUCGUCGCCCCACCAAGGCGCGCAUUCCCGACGACACCGAUACCGACUCGAGUCCGCAGAAAGCCAAGGGGAAAAGCAAGUCGGACGCGCCGUUGGAGGGUAAGAAAGGUAAGAAAGGCUCUUCGAGUCGGAUGGCAGGCGUGGUGGGGAAGAAGAAGCGCAAGAUCACCAACUCACCCACGUCUCGUGCGUUGUUUCAGUACGAAGCGGAGCGGUCUACGGACGAGGAGGUGCACGGUGAGCGCGACGAAAAUGAUUCUGGGCUCGGCAGUUCUGCGGAAGACGACUCGGAUCGGGAAGCUGUGGGCGAUUUUAUGCCGACGCAGGCUCCGCGUGGGUAUCACCAGCAGAGCGUGUAUAUGCAGAGCAUGAUGAGCCAGCGGGCGCCAGAGGAGUUUCAGAGGGUGAGGCACGGACCGUUCCCAGGAGUAGGAGGCAAGUUCGGCGAGCCCGUGACACCAAGGAGGCGGAUGGCGGAGGUGAGGAGGAGAGGCCAGAUGUCGAGCGAGCCCAGGGCGGGAGGCAGAGGGUUGGGGUCCGAGGAUAUGUACUCGGAGGACUCGUUCGUGGUCAAUGACGAGGAGGAGAUCGUCUACGAUUCCGACUCGGAUGCGUUGCCAGACAGCAGCCAGUUCUAG